AGCAGACUGGUAUACAUAUCAACUAUUAUUACUGCUGAUAUCUUAUGAGAAAAAUCGUGUUAUAGUCUAAACACGGAAGUUGCAUGCCGAGUUGUUAUUUUUACAGUUUUGAGAAAAUUUACAAAUUCAACAGUCUUUAAAGAUGCAGGACCCGAAUGCAGACACUGAGUGGAAUGAUGUAUUGAGAGCUAAGGGAAUUCUCCCACCUAAAGAGGAGAUAGAACUUACUGAAGACGACAUUGUAGCCAUGGUAGAAAACACUAUUCAACAGAAAUCUAAUGGCAAGGACAUGUCGGAGAUGGGGUUGGAUGAGCUGGAUGAUAUAGAAGAUGACAUAGAUGAAGAAGAAGAAAAAAUAUUUGAACAAUAUAGACGGCAGAGAAUGGCUGAAAUGCGCGAAGCUCAGCAGAAGAACAAAUUUGGCGAGGUUCGUGAAAUUAGUAAAUCGGAUUGGGUCACGGAAGUCAACAAGGCUGGUGAUGGAAUAUGGGUUGUUAUACAUGUAUAUAAACCUUCGAUGCCAUUAUGUAAGUUAGUGAACCAACACAUAUCAAAUUUAGCACAGAAAUUCCCAGCGACAAAGUUUCUCCGCAGUGUGUCGUCAGUGUGUAUACCAAAUUAUCCUGAUAAAAACUUACCAACUAUCUUUGUAUACUGUGACAAUGAAAUGAAAAAACAGUUUGUAGGACCUCUAGCCUUUGGUGGAAUGAAUUUAAAACAAGAUGAACUAGAGUGGAUGUUAUCACAGAGUGGGGCAGUAAAGACGGACCUUGAGGAACCACCAAGACCCGAAGUUAAAGACGUUAUGAAUAUAGCUAUACGGGAAAGUGCAAUAAACAGAGAUGACAGUGAUGAUGAUUAUUGAGAAAUGUUAGUGUUUUAGUCUGUGCCUUUUAAAAUGAUUUUAGGAAGUGAAUCUGGAAAGCAGAAAGAUGUUUAAGAGUUGUGCCAAAAAGAUAAAUCAGAAUUUUAGGCGGCGAGAAAAGCACCUUUUGAGCUGUGAAUCAACUGUUGUGAUUGAAACGAGAAAAAUAAAAUGAAGUUGAUUCAUUUUGAUGUGGUUUGAUAU